UUUUGUCGAGCGGUGCGCCCUCUACUGGAUUUUUUUCUUAACAAGCUUGUCAAGAGGGCUGUUUAUUUACAAAAUGCUCACAAUUUGACAGAUUGUUACGAGCGGGUUUGUUUUGAUUCUUCUCCCGGCAAAAUCGUUUCUCGUUUUCUUCCAAACCAAAUUGUGAAUGAAACGUAACUUGAUGCAAUACUGUCCUUAUCCAUUUUGAGAUCGAAUGAUCCGUAAGGUUGUGGUCGGCAUUUCCGGCGGUGUUGAUAGUGCCGUGUCGGCGUAUCUGCUAAAGAAGCAAGGAUUUGAGGUAUGCGGUGCGUUUAUGAAAAAUUGGGACUUAAUCGAUGAAUCCGGUUACUGUUCCGGAGAGCAGGAUUUGGAGGAUGCUCAACGUUUAUGUCGAAUGCUGGAUAUACACCUGGAGGAGAUCAAUUUCGUUAAAGAAUACUGGCUGGAGGUUUUUGGAAACUUCCUAAAAGACUAUGAAGCAGGAAUUACGCCCAAUCCGGACAUACUCUGCAACAGGCACAUAAAGUUUAAUCGAUUCUUUCACCAUGCACGCGAACGACUUGGUGCCGACGCAAUCGCCACCGGUCACUAUGCACGGACCAACUUUGGACCAUUUCUGGAGCAAUACAACGUGAACGAAAAAGUUCGCCUCUUAAUGGCACCAGAUCCGAUCAAGGAUCAAACGUUUUUCCUAUCGCAAAUAACUGCCGACGCGCUACGUCGCACAAUGUUUCCGAUCGGAUCAUUAACCAAACCGCAAGUUAAACAGCUGGCCAACGAAAUAGGGUUAGAGUCAUUCGCACGCAAAAAGGAAAGUAUGGGCAUCUGUUUCGUAGGCAAACGAUCCUUUCAGCAAUUUAUUGGCGAGUACAUCGAAACCAAACCCGGCCCAUUCGUGGACGUUGAUAGUGGAAAGGAGGUGGGACGUCAUGCCGGUUUGCACCACUGGACGGUGGGACAAAAGUGUAAAAUCGGUGGAUGUCUGCAACCGUACUAUGUGCUUCGCAAGCAUCGUGAAACAAACGUUAUUGAGGUCGCUUCGGGACACGAUCAUCCGCUGCUGUACACGGACAUGGUGUACGCGGAACAACCCAUCUGGAUAAAUACUCCACCAGGGUUGAGUGAGGGUCAGGUAGUACGGUGUGAAUUUCGCUUCCAGCACACUAAACCUUUGGUCGGCUGUAGCUUGAUCGAAACACCCGGAACGAAGUGUGAUCGCCGGAAACAGUUGUUUGUGAAGCUUGAUAAACCGCUCCGUGCGAUCACACCCGGUCAGUAUGCAGUGUUUUAUCGCAAUGAGGAAUGUUUUGGCAGUGCUCGAAUAGUACAACCAGGACCUUCGGUGGCAUAUAGCAAGGAUAGGCUUUUAACGAAAGAAGCAAGCGGAUAGACCCUUUUCUACGAUGAAAUAAUUUUGAAUUUGUA